AUGACGACCUCCUUGGACAUGUUCAGGAGUCAACAACAAGAGGCCGCGCGGGCGCUGUUCGAAAUGAGCGGACUCUCGAUGGCUGCGAACACGACGACCUCUUCACUGACACCACCCACGUUGGGCGCGCCUCUCUACCUCCUGCCCGACCUCCACCUACGUCAACCGCAACAACCACCCAGCCACAGCCACCACUACAACCAUCUGCUCCUUCCUCCUCACCUCUUCAUGAGUGGCGGAGCCCUCUUCAUGCCGGCCUUCCCGGUCUUUCCCUCACCUUCCGUCAAUGCCGGGCCGGCGACUUCGGCAGCAACCGUUACAUGCCAGAACCCGUCGGCGGCCGGCGAGAAGCGCCUGUCGGUGGCCUACCUCCUCAACUCGGACGAGCCCCCGAUGUCGACGUCGACGACGAUACCGCCCACCUUCCUCAAGCAGGAGCAGCCCUCUUCGCCCGAACUUCAUCAUCAACCCAAGCGCAAGGCGCCGAGCUCGUCCAAGGCCCAGAAGAGCCAUGCCAAGCGAUCCAGGACUGCCUCUACUUCUUCUUCUUCUUCUUCGCCACUUGCUACGCGACCAUCAUCCCUACCGGCCGCCGCGACGACGUCGACCACGACGACCACGACGGCCAUGGCCGCUACGUUCAAGGGCGACCUCAGUCUGUUCCCACACCUUCAGCUCCAGCUCCAGCGCGAGCAGCUCGACCCGCAGCAGCACACCGAGCUCGUGCUCAAGGUGUGGAACCGCCAGCAACAGGUGCUCAAGCUCCAGCAGCUCCAGCAGAAGAAGCAGGAGCUCAAGGCCCAGCGUCUCCAGCAGCGCCUCCAGCGCAAGGGCCAUGGCAAGGCCGUUGUCGAGUCGACCCCCGGCUCUCCGCCUACAUCGUCUUCAACAGCGUCGCCUUCAUCACCUACGCCAGCCUCGCCGCCCAGCUCUACAUCGUCGGCCGACGUGGUGUCGGCGGCGCUGCCCACGCUCGACGAGAUCCUCAACGGAGCCGACGCCCAGGUCGACGAGGCGAGCGACGAGGACUCGAGCAACAACAACUCGAACAUAAAUAAGAAGAAGACGAAUUCGAGUAGCGGAGGCGCGGACGCGAAGAAGCCACGGCGACGCAUCACGGCGCAGCAGGUCGCCGUGCUCGAGCAGGUGUUCGCCGUGGAGCCCUUCCCUGGGCCGUCGACGAAGAAGGUGAUCGCCAAGAAGCUGGGCAUGCAGGAACGUAGCAUCACCAUCUGGUUCCAGAACAAGCGCGCCCGCCUCAAGCGCAUCGAAGGAGGUCACGGCGACAACAACAACGGCGGCAGCAACGAGGGCGAGGGCGGCAGGCGCGAGGUGACCUUCCACAACCUCGCCGUGGGCUUCGACGGCAAGCUCGACAUGCUGCCCGAGGACUUCUGA